UGUCGGAAACAUCUUCACACAAUUCUCUCAACUGUCUUCAGAAGAGCAGCUCAGAACAACCCAAUAACAACAAAAAUGAAAUUCAUCGUCGCUCUCACUUUCUUGGCCGUGGCUCUCGCCGCUCCUCAAGGAGAUAAGAAGCCCAUCGAAAUUGUGUCGUCCAAUAGCCAAGUGAACGCAGACGGCAGCUACUCCUUCGAUUUCGAGUCUGCCGAUGGGACCAAAGUGUCUGAGAGUGGCAGCCAGAAACAAGUGGGUCCCAAACCGGAGGAUAUCGGGACCGUGUCCAAGGGAUCUUACUCGUACACUUCUCCGGACGGAGUCGUCAUCACCGUCAACUGGACCGCCGAUGAGAACGGUUUCCAGGCAACUGGUGACCAUUUGCCUACUCCGCCUCCCAUGCCCGAGCACGUCGUCAAGAUACUCGCCGACCUCAAAGCCGCCGGUGUCCUGUAAAUCAUUUCAACAGUCAACAAUUUCACCCUUGGAUAUAAUAUGUACAUACCGCCAACAUUCUUUGCAGCUUCCGAGUGAAUUGCUGUGGAAUAUUGGGUCAAUAAAACGUUUCA